CGGGAUCCGGACCAGGCUCACAGCUACGACAUCUACGGCCUCAUUUCUGUUAUUCCAUUUUCUUCGAAACGAGACCGUGACCUAUAUUCCUACCACCGAGCCAGUUCCCGCACUUCACGGGGUGCUUGACCAGUCCUGAGCAUCCCGCUUUGCUAGGCACGAGGCGCGCACACUUCCACGAACACACCAACAACAUUGCGAAAUCCACUUCACGUUUCCCUAACCGAUUCGCUCGAGACGUACGGAUCCCUCGCACACAGGAGUCACAAGAAGGACUCCAACUUCUCGCGAUCCUCCGCACGACUGCAGUCCCUCCUACUACAUGAACGACCUGGGGGAGAGGCUGGAGCGAUUGGGACUCUCCCAAUAUCUGGACGCUUUUGUCACCGAAGGGUUUGACACCUGGGAGACGAUUCUGGACAUUACAGAAUCAGAUCUAGGCGCUCUAAACGUCAAACUCGGCCAUCGCAGAAAACUUCAGCGAGCCAUUGCGGAGACAAGAGGGCAAUAUCACGACCGGCCAACCAUUGCGACGGCUGCCAGCGUUGAUGGAUCAUAUCGGAGCGACGAAUCGGGAUCUGAACACAAGGCUAAGAAAGGAGCUGCUUCUGCCACAGCGGCUGGCGGAGGCAGCACUAAGCGCAAGUACAGACGGCAUCCUAAACCUGACGAACAUGCCCCGGAGCGGCCUCCCUCUGCUUACGUUAUUUUCUCGAACCAGAUGCGCGAGAUGCUCAAAGGCCAGGAGCUGUCAUUCACUGAAAUUGCAAAAGUCGUCGGCGAGCGCUGGCAAGUGCUGUCGCCAGAUGCCCGUGAAGCUUGCGAAAGCCAAGCCAAUGGUGCCAAAGAAAAGUAUUACACAGAGUUGGCCGAGUACAAGAAAACGCCCCAGUACGAUGCAUACCAGAAGUAUCUUGAGGAGUUCAAGGCAAAGCAUGCCGCUCCUGUUAAAGAAGGUAAACGGUCAAAGCUAGAAACCGAAACAAGCAUAUCUACCACAAGGAGCAGCAGCAACGAUGUGCCUGAACGGGCUCCGAAUCGAAGGCUCAGCUCUGGCCUCCUGGACGGAUACCCGCUAGGACAUCAACGGUCUGGGUCGAGCCCCCCAACGGGACCUCAGAGACCGCCAAUGCCGCAAUAUCCGACAAAAUCUGCUUCACCUGCAACUUAUUCGCUUUCUGGCUACAACUCUCCACGACUAGCAGAUCACUAUUCCUCCGUAUCUGCAUCACCAAGGUCCGCAAAUCUCCAAAAGGAAACAUCCUUUGACUAUUAUCCAGGUGGAAGCAGCUUCGUACCUGAAUCUACGCAGCCUCACGCGCCGUCUUAUAGCCAUACCUACGCGAGCAACACCAGUCCUAGCCAGCCGUCGUCUUAUACCAACCAGCUCUACAACGCCGUAGAGUUGCCGUCAAGGCGACCAUACAGAGAGAUGUCGACGGUACCUGGACUUUCACACGAAGACACGACCCUAUCGUCCGCGAGCGGCGUAAGUAUUUCUCCUGGAUCACAAUAUGGCGGUCCUCCAGGCCAAUUUCCAGGUUUAAUGCUCCCUUCCGCCGACCCGCCCAAGUCGCAGAGAGUCCUCCCUCCCCCCGUCCACAACCCCAGCGUGCAGCCCUCACCCCUCGACGUUCGCCCACCUCCCCAGGGCGCUCAAUCCUCCGAAUACCGCAACACGUCCUCCUUAGCCGCACUCCUACGUGCCGGAGAACUGGCCCGCUCCGCUGAUAUCGAGCAGCCACCUGUCACAAAAGCUGAUUUUCAGUGACGACUUGGAAUUCUAUUUUUCAAUCUGCUUUAUAUCCUCCGCACUUUUAUACCCAAAAUAGAUACGCGAUACCGCCUGUCUUACAAACCUUCUCAGUGCCGCAGCGGCAGAUUCAACCAGGUAUCUUUCUCUCCUUGCUCCACCGCACGUGCAGCACCUAGAGGGACUGAAUGACAGCGGGAUUGCCGACG